AGAGAAGUUGCAAAACAGGCGACCCGCGGGGGGCGGAGUCGCCUUCAACUGCGGCAAGGCGGCGGCGGGGCGGCAUGUCUGCGUGGGGGUCGGUGCUGAUCACCGGCUGCAGCAGGGGCAUCGGCCUGCAGCUCGUCAAGCAGCUGUCUGAGAGCAGCAGCAGGCCGGCGAACAUCAUCGCCACGGCCCGGAACCCGGCCGGCUCCGCGGCUCUACAAGAACUCUCCAGAACAUGCCCAGGUGUUCACGCCGUCACCCUGGAUGUUUGCAGUGAGCAAAGCAUCUUCUCAGCUGUGGAAGAGGUUCAGUUUAUUGUGGGAAACCAAGGACUCAACUGUCUGAUCAACAAUGCUGCUGUUGGAUCUUCCAGCAGCAUCAACAGUGUAACCCGUGAGGCCAUGAUGAGGGCUUUUCAAGUCAACAGUGUUGCCCCUCUCUUUGUUACUAAGGCAUUUCUGCCACUGUUGCAGACGGCUGCAGCUCGCUCCACUGGGAUGGGGGUCCAUAGAGCGGCUGUCGUCAACAUCUCCUCCAUCCUCGGUUCAAUCUCAUUGAACUGUGGAGACAGCGCCACCUUCAAAAGCUAUGCUUAUGGCACCUCCAAGGCUGCUCUAAACAUGGUGAGCCGCUGUCUGGCGGCUGAUCUGGGACCUGUUGGGAUCCUGUGUGUGUCUCUACAUCCUGGCUGGGUGAAGACAGACAUGGGGGGGCCUCAUGCCGACUUAACCGUAGAAGAAAGUGUGUCUGAAAUUCUAUCUACUCUCGUCAGUUUCACGGAACAGGACCAUGGCGGUUUCAAGGAUUACCGUGGACAAACGUUACCAUGGUAAAAUACAGCAAUGGGACUCUGAUGAUGGCCAUAUCCAACCAGGAAGUCUGUCAGGGUUUUUCUUUAUUUUAUAUUUUGAAUGUUUUCUGGAUAAGGGUAGCCCAAUAAAUGAAAAUUGGUUGACUUCCCAACUGA